UGAACAUGUGUGACUUCAAACAACAGGAAAUAGACUGUCCGCGUGCUUUCUGUGUGCGUCACCGACCCGCUGUCACUGGCAUCCUGUGUAGUUUCAGACAUUGUCUUUUAGAGUUAAACAUGCUGGUUAGCAGCUGAUGCUAAGUGUUAGCACUCUGACAGCUGCAGGCUAAACUGAUUAAAGGUGGAGACUGUUUGAAGGUGAUGUCUCAACAGGCGGGGCGGCGCUACCUGCGGGCGUUCGUUAGCGGCUUCUUCGUCGCAGUUCCCGUCACGGUGACCGUCCUCGACCGACUCGCCUAUGUGGCGCGAGUAGAGGGAGCGUCGAUGCAGCCCUCCCUGAACCCGGAGGGGGGGUCUGACUGUGACGUCGUUCUGCUGAACCGAUGGAGCGUCAGGAACUACGAAGUCCAGCGAGGCGACGUCGUCUCCGUCAUGUCGCCCAAGAAUCCCCAGCAGAAGAUCAUCAAGCGUGUGAUCGGCCUGGAGGGAGACUUCAUCAGGACUCUGGGAUACAAGAACCGGUACGUUCGGGUUCCUGACGGUCACUUCUGGCUGGAGGGCGAUCAUCAUGGACACAGUCUGGACAGCAACAGCUUCGGACCGGUGUCAGUGGGGCUUCUCCACGGCCGAGCCUCUCACAUCAUCUGGCCUCCGAACCGCUGGCAGAGAAUCACAGCAUCCCUCCCCCCGAACCGAGGCCCGCUGGACACUGAGGAGGAGGAGGGAUGAAGACACACACAUUUAAUAACUGUCAGUGAGCCUGAAAGGUUAGAGGGACGCAGCUGUAGGAUAGUUUGAAGACACACUUUGAAUGUCAUGUUCAGAAGACAUUGUUAUAUAAACUUUACUUUGUUCAUUUUGCCAUUUUCAACAUCAAUAAUCAUCUCAAUUAAAGACUUUAUUUUACAAA